CGCCCCCCCCGAACCCGGAAGCGGCGGCGCAUGCGCGGGGGAGCCGGGCCCGGGCGAGCAACCGGCACCGGCGCCCGCGGCCGCGACGGGCGGGGCGGAGCCAUGAUGCGGUUCAUGCUGCUGUUCAGCCGGCAGGGAAAGCUGCGGCUGCAGAAGUGGUGCGUGGCGGCCGGCGAGCGCGAGCGGCGCAAGAUGGUGCGUGAGCUCAUGCAGGUGGUGCUGGCACGCAAGCCCAAGAUGUGCAGCUUCCUCGAGUGGCGCGACCUCAAGGUCGUCUACAAACGGUACGCCAGCCUGUACUUCUGUUGCGCCAUCGAGGGGCCGGACAAUGAGCUGCUGACGCUGGAGCUGAUCCACCGCUACGUGGAGCUGCUGGACAAAUACUUCGGCAGCGUGUGCGAGUUGGACAUUAUCUUCAACUUCGAGAAGGCCUAUUUCAUCCUGGAUGAGUUCCUCAUGGGGGGCGAGAUCCAGGACACCUCCAAGAAGAGUGUCCUCAAGGCCAUAGAGCAGGCUGACCUGCUGCAGGAGGAGGAUGAAUCUCCACGCAGCGUGCUGGAGGAGAUGGGGCUGGCGUAGCACCCUUGAGGGUCCAGGGGAGCCCAGUCGACCCUCCUGCCCCGGCUUCAACGAGGUCUCUGGGAACUCUUGUGGGGGGCAUUGGGAGAGGGACACAAUCUUGUGCCCCCCCUCCACUUGCACGGGCCUGAAGACCCUGGGAAUAGUGUGGGGGGACCUCCCCCUGCAUGGACUGUGUACACAGGUGUUGAGGGGGCACCCUAAUCUGCCCCCCCACACCCAGCACUGGGCAGGCUCUAAGCACACGUGUGCAGCGGCACGUGCGUGUAAACCCCCCUCUUCCCUGUAACGCCCCCCUUUGGAAUAAAGUGUGUGCGCAGA